AUGGCGACAGAUUGCUCCUUGUCGCAACCUGGCUACCAAGCUACAACUACACUACGCUACACUGAAACCACUGCUACCUGCCUGCCACCAGUCCGGCCUAAUGCCGGCUGGGCUGUCCGAGGACUAUUCUCCGUGUUUACGCAGUCGCAGAAAGACGCCAUGCUGAACGCGCACAACAACGCCAGGUCUAUCGCCUCACCUACGCCCUGUACGCCGCUACCAGCCAUGACGUGGAACACUGUACUGGCCAACGUGGCACAGGCGUACGCUGACAGGUGUAUUAACUUGCACAAUGAAGAUAGAACAUCGGACGCCAACGGAGCUUUCGGGUAUGUGGGUGAAAACUUGUUCAUCAGUACGUACACGCCCUCUGACCCAGCCCUCAGCGUGACGAAAUGGGAUGAAGAGAAACAGUACUACGACUACGACACUCUGGCGUGCACACCUGGCAAGGUCUGCGGCCAUUACACCCAGAUUGUGUGGAACUCCAGUCGGCAGCUGGGUUGUGGGGCGAAACUGUGCGACGCCGCAAACACCAAAAGCUACCCAUUCGACAAGAGUAAAUACUCCAAAGGUUACAUUGUGGUGUGUAACUACGGACCGGAAGGCAACUAUCGUGGUCAGAAGCCAUACAAGGCAUGUCCAACAGCUGUCGCUCCAUCACUCUCAUCCACCGCCCCUCCACCUCCAUUGAAGACAGCAUCUAGCGCGACAUCCACCGACACAGCCGUGAGCACAACGAGUGCAACAAACUCAACCGCCCCUCCAUCAGGAAUCGAAUUGUUGGAAGGCAGUGCAGCCGGGUUGCCAGUGCCGCAUGCAUGCUUCGCCCACGCUGUCCUCCUGCUCAUCACCAUAUGCCUAGUCAACUAG